GCAGAGGAGAAGGAGUUGGAGGCCGCUGUAGAAACCAGGGAGACAGAAAAAAAGAAGAAGAAGAAGAAACACAAGAACGAACUGAGUGAUGUCACUGUCGUCUCCGUAACAAACCAUAACAACAGAGAAACAGGCUCCUCGGUUUCCAUAGAAAUGGACAACACUGAGAUAAAGUACGAGAAGAAGAAGAAAGAGGAGAGGAGGAUGAUGACAGGAAGAAGAGGAGGGGUGAGGAAGACAAAGAAAGGAAGAGCAGCUGUAGAUGAAGAUCAGGUGGACUGGGCGUUGGUGGAGGAGCUGCAGGAGUUUGUUCCAGACGUCAAGAAAAAAUCAGUCGAUGAGAUCAAUAAACUGCUCAGAUACGACCUGCAGCGCUUCAAGAACUUCAAACAGCAAGGUGUGUCUCUGCGUCAGGGGCGGUGCUCUCAGCAGGAGAAUCUGCGAAUCAGACAGAACGUCUCAGACUUCCUGGCUCUGACAGGCAUCAGCUCAGCCAAUCAGCUUCUGUUUCCUCAGAGGUACAAAGAGCAGGAGGUGGAGAUCAGGAAGCUGAGAGUACAACAUCACUUCCUGGAGAGGAUUGCUGAGGGGAUCCCUCGGACGUGUCAUCAGGUUCACACCAGAGCCAAGAAGAUUUUUGACGAGAGGAAUCACAUGGGAAGGUUCUCAGAGGAGGAGAUGCGUUCUCUGAUAAAGUUUCAGAACCUCCACGGUAACGACUGGAGGACGAUCGCUAAGAAGAUGGACCGCAGCGCUUACGCCUUGGAGAAACGCUUCGCCGCCAUCGCUCCAGGUCGUGGGUUGUGGAGUCCAGAUGAAGAGUCCAGGUUGAAACGAGCUCUGAAGGCUCACCUGGAGGUGUUGGCCCAGCAGAAUCCUGCAGGUCCAGUUCUGACCAGAGACCACCUGUGGAACAACUUGCCCUGGAAGGAGAUCAGUCAGCAGGUCGGAACCAGAUCCUGGAUCCAGUGUCGCCUCAAGUGGUUCACCUUCCUGAAGUUGAAGCUGUUCUCAGGUGGCAGCACCAACAACCGAGGAGCUGAAGGACUUCAGGCGAAAAUCCACCUCAUCAACAUAUUGUACAACCUGCGUGUGGACGAUGCGGCUGACAUCAACUGGGACGAGGUCGCUCAGAGUGUCGGGGUCACUCCCAUGUGUGUGCAGAAGAGUUUCCACAGGCUGAAGGUUUCCAGAGUUCCAAACUGGACCAGUUUAUCAUAUGGAGAGAUCAUUGACUUCCUGCAAUCAGCGAGCGGUUCCGUAACUGAAGAAGGAGCUGAGAGUUCAGCGGAGGAGAAGCAGGAGCACAGGAGAACAGGUUCCUGCUGUCAGACAAUCUUCAGCUCUCUGCGAAUGAGGACCAGGACUUUGUGGGCUGGACAACAGUCAAAGCUGACCUUACAGCCCAAUCAGGACACAGAGAACAUAUGCAGAAGAGGCUUCUUUAAGACUAUGUUUUGA